GAGGCAAAGUAAUUGAAGAGGAUCAAAAUUCGUUCUUGAUGGUCUUCAACGAUACGUACCCGGCUAACGAAAGCGUCUGGAUUAUAUUUUUGCAUAAGUGUGCUUUUGAGGGCACCGACAAUGACACCAUCAAGCGGUAUCGCGACCAUCAAUUUCAGUUUGAACAUUUGGACAGGGUGAUCAGCAUCGGUUUCAAUUUUACUGUCCACGAAACUAAGGGAGUCAGCGCCGAAUACGUGCAAUUAAUUGUGACCAUCACAGAGACCAACGAUACAGAGCUGGAACUGGUCUUGACCUCUGACAGUGAUGAGGUGGGUAUUUACUUCAUGCUAAGGACGGUAGACGGCACUGGCCGCAACAAACCCCGCCUUCACAACGAAACAGCGGGUACACAUGCCGGAAGUUUCGAAAAGUUCCACAUCAAUCAGAUAGAUGCACAAAUAGGCCUACUUACUUUAAAAACGUCUGACAGAUCAGGAACCUGCAUUAUUCUGAAUGGAAACCUGACGAUCAGAAUCGAUAUGAAACCAAUAUCACUAUUUAAAAUACUGCUUGCAGUAAUAGUUGUGGCAUACUUUAUAUUGACGAUCUAUUUGUUGAUGCCAAGGCGAAGAUGGAAUCCACGUCUAGCUAACCGGCGGAUACAGUUGGUUGUCCGCCAUCCACCCCCUGCACCUGCAGGGUAACCUAGAGAGACAACACAGACACCACAUUGACCAGUCCGUCUUGUAUUAAGUCGUAGCUUCAUUCUUGUAUACAUUUUUCUAGCCUCCAACAUUUAAAAAAAAAUCUUUUCUAAUUUUGAAUACACUCCCCAACCCUUCCCAUCAUUACCUUAUUACACCUAGUUCUUGAAAUAGUUACUUUAGUAUCAUGACCCUCCCACUACAUAGCAUCAUAUUACCUUUCCUCUUCUGUAAAAUUCUGGACAUAAUUAAUUUAAAAGUAACGUGUUUAUUUUUAGCUACUUUAUCCACUAGCUUUUUCUGAACAUGACUAUAACUUAUUUAUAACUUAUUUAUUUUCAUUUGCAACAAUUCUUGAAAACUUUUCCGUUUUGUACAAUCAACU